UAUCUAUCUCUCUCAAAAUCGUAGCAAAAUGGAUUCCAAAGAUCUGUUUUUUGGAUAUCUCUCUAUUUUCAUAAUUCUAUUCAAUUUUGCAGUGUGUGACGUAGCAAGUGAUAGACAAAAAUGUGAAAACCAACUAAUAGGGCUAGCAACGUGCCUGCCCUACGUGGGUGGGGAGGCCAAUGCCCCCGCCAGCGAUUGUUGCACCGGCUUCAAGCAAGUCUUGAGAGAUAGUCGCGAGUGCAUCUGCUUGUUGAUCAAGGAUCGGGACGAUCCAAGUCUUGGGCUCAAGAUCAAUGCCACUCGUGCCCUCUCCCUCCCCGACAAAUGCAAGACUCCUGUCAACGAGUCCAUCACGGACUGCCCGACUAUUCUUCAUCUACCACCAAACUCACCGGAUGCUAAGGUGUUUGAUGAUUUUGCAAAGAGUGCCAGCAAAAGCAACACCACCACAACUACUACCCCUACUUCUUCUGAUAUAGCAAGCUCGUCGAGUGGGUCGUCUGCAUCAACAACAACCGGUCCAAAUAGCGAUGGAGGAGAGGAGAAGAUAUGGUUUGCUGGACUACUCAUAGCUAUGGCUACAGUUCAUGUUUUCGUUAAUCAAUAAUGUUGAAACUGUAUUCUUCUAAUUUAUCAUUUGCAGACUUUUCUAGUAUUUAUUAAUUUUGAGCAUAAUAAUGUGACUCAAUGUUGAGGUUAGUGUAGAGAUGAUCUAGGUUGUUUUUCUAUUUGAGAUUUAAAUAAUGGAAAUAAUUUUCAAAUUACCA